AUGGCAUCUGACUCUGCCUCUGCCAAUGGCCCGCCGCUUGGCAAGUACCUUGCAUCAACCGACAAGAAAACAAGGGAUAAAGCCAUAAAAAAUCUCGCCGCUUUUCUAUCUGAUCCCUCACGCGACGCCCUACCCAAGUCGGAGAUGGCGAAGCUAUGGAAGGGCGUAUUCUACUGUUUCUGGAUGUCCGACAAACCCCUCGUGCAGCAAGCGCUUGCCUCCGAGAUUGCAGACAUCCUCCUCGCCAUCUCGAGUUUGUCCGUAUCGUUGGCGUUCUUGCGCGGGUUCUGGGAGUCUACUGUCAAGGAAUGGAACUCAAUAGACCGGUUGCGCAUCGACAAGUACUACAUGCUCGUCCGCCGUUUCGUGAACGCGUCAUUCCGACUGCUCAUCCGGGAAGGUUGGGAGGCAGCUGCCGUCAAAGAGUACAACUCCAUCCUCACAGACCGCGGAGGACCCCUGCGUCCCGACGACACGAAAGUGCCCACCAGCCUCGCAUAUCACCUUGCCGACAUCUACCUGGAGGAGCUCGAUAAAGCCCUCGGGAAGUCACCAGUAGAAUCACCGCUUCCUGCGCCGCUCUCCACCCUCCUCGCCCCUUUCCUCGCCCUUUCCGCCCGGACACCGACAUCCAUCACUCUUCAGCGCAUACAGUCUGCUCUGCUAGAGCCCCUCCUCACCGCGUUCGCGUCCCGACAAGACUCAGACGAGCCAAGUCGGAAACGACCGCGCCUGUCGACGCCAGAGUUCCCGAACCUUGCUGCGAACGCGUGUACGACAAACCCACCAAAAGAGGGCUCGCUCGAUCCCUUCGCUCUCCGCAAAGCCGUGCUCAAGCAGGUCUUCGACGUGGCGAGCGAGCCAGACACUCGUGACGCAAACCGGCGGAAGCUAUACGCCUUCUGGAAGGAGCAUAUAGAGGAUGAGGACGACAGCUCAGGCUCAGGUGCAAGGUCGGGCAAGAGGGACCUGGAUGGCAGCUAG